AUGGAGUGCCGCCGCGUCACGCUCUGGGCCACGCUCGCCCUCGACCUCGCCGCCGCGCUGCUCCUCGGCACCGCCACCGAUCCGGCCCGAUUCUUUCGCGACGUCUGGCCUCACCAGCGAGCGCUUUUUGGCGAGACCACCCUCGACCUCAUCGCCCUCGCCCUGCUGCGCGUGGUGGUGGUCGUCGCGCUGCUGCUCGCCACUGCAGGCCGGGCCGCCAGAGUGGCCUCCUCGGCGGCUGCCGCCUCGCCGCCGCUGCUCGAGCCGCUCCAGCUCAACGGCACUAGCGAGCCGCAGCACCCGGUUGGCGACAAAGGUGGGUGGUGGAGGGCUGCCGUGACGCCCGUGCGGUGCAGCGGCGCGCUCCUCGCGCUGACGGUCGGCUACAGCGCGCUCAAGGCCCUCUUCCGCAUGCUCCAGUCCGGCCUCGGCGACGGCUCUUCCUCGGGCUCUCUCCCGACCGGCGUACCUCGAGCGGACUGGAGAUAUGGGGAGAUAUGGGGAGAUAUGGGGAGCAUGCGACGUGAGCCGCAGGCGUACCUCGAGCGGACUGGGCCGAGGCAGGUCCAGUCCGUGCGCGCCAUCUUCGCAAUGGUGAAGCCGGACUGGCACCUGAUGGCUUUCGCGUACGCGUCACUCGCCAUCGCCGCCGCCGGGGACACGUCGAUCCCCUUCCUGUACGGCCAACUCAUCGACGCGAUCGCAAUCUCGCGCGACGUGGGCAAGUUCCAGCAGUACAUGCUGCUGCUCGUCGGCACCGCCCUCGUCACCGGCGUCUUCACCGGAUUCCGAGGCUCCACCUUCAUCGUCAUCGGCGGCCGCUUCUCAGUGCGGCUGAGGCAGCGCCUGUUCGCCUCGCUGCUGCGGCAGGAGCUCGACUUCUUCUCCGCCGUCCGCACGGGCGACAUCACCUCGCGCCUCUCUGCAGACUGCCAAAAGGUGGGCGACCAGGUGCUGCUCGAUGACGUGCCCAUCUCUCGGCUCGACCCGGGCUGGUUCCACCGGCAAGUUGCGCUGGUGGGGCAGGAGCCCGUCCUCUUCGCCCGCUCGAUCGAGGACAACAUCUGCUACGGCCUCGGCGAGCGCGGGGAGGGGCGGCCCUCGACAGAGGAGGUGCACGCCGCCGCGCAGCUCGCCAACGCGCACGACUUCGUCUCCGGCUUUGACCUCGGCUGCGGCGCGCCGGCUGGCACGAGGAGCGCCCCUUCACCACUGAGCGGCGCGACGAGCGCGCUCGACGCGGAGAGCGAGGCGGUGGUGCAGGCGGCGAUCGACUCCAUGAUUGCGCAGGGCGGGAUGACGGUGGUCGUCAUCGCGCACCGGCUGUCGACCAUCCGGAACGCCGACCGCAUCUGCGUCGUCAAGGGGGGGAGGGUCGCCGAGGAGGGCCCGCACCACGAGCUCAUGACAAGGCCGGCGGGCGUCUACGCGAAGCUCGUCUCGAAGCAGAUGGCGCUCCACUCGGGCUCGACCGGCUCCCUCUCCGGCGCCGGUGGCAGCGCGGCAAACCUGGACGCGGGAGGGCAGGAGGCAUGA